UCUUUCUCUCUCUCUCACUGCCUCCCUACAUGAGGGCGCCAACUAGUAUUUGCAGUGAAUCUUCAGUACAACCUGCAAAUGGGGAUGAAAAGCUAUUCAGACUGACAGUCAAAGAAAAGGCAGAGGGGAAAAAAAGCAAAGUGGGCAGCUUUCUGAAAGCUUUUUGUCGGAAGAUACAAAACGAGUGUCUACAUAAGAACCAAAGAGAUCAGAAUCAGCGCUGUUUGGGAAGCAUGUAUAAUUCGGUAUGCUUCAUCAUCCUGUCAUGGGUGUUUGCUGUGCUUGUGUUCCCAGGAGUUCCAGCUAGAAGCGGGGAUUCUGUAUUAAAGGACAACAUCACCGUCAGACAGGGAGACAGCGCCGUCUUAAAAUGCAAUGUGGACAGCAAAGUCUCACGAGUGGCAUGGCUCAAUCGCACCACUAUUCUAUUUGCAGGGAGUGAAAAGUGGUCUCUGGAUCCUCGUGUCAUCUUGUUGGAAAACACAGCAGUUACAGAGUACAGCAUCAAAAUCCAAAAUGUUGAUGUCCAUGAUGAAGGGCCCUAUGUAUGCUCUAUACUCACAAACAAGAAACCACAAUCCACGAAAGUGCACCUCAUUGUUCAAGUACCUGCCAGGAUCACUAACAUAUCAAAGGAUGUCACGGUGAAUGAAGGCAGCAACGUCAAUCUUGUGUGCCUGGCAGUUGGUCGACCUGAUGCCAACAUAAUUUGGAAGCAUCAUUCACCAAGGGGCACCCAUAAAUUUGUGACAGAGGGGGAGCACCUGAUGCUCACAGCCAUCACCAAAGAACAGUCGGGAUCUUAUGAAUGCAUUGCAUCUAAUGACAUCUCAAGCCCGGAUGUCAGGACAGUGCAAGUCACCGUCAACUAUCCUCCCUUCAUUUCUAAAGCGAGGAGUACAGGUACUUCAGUUGGACAAAAAGGAAUUCUGCAAUGUGAAGCCUCUGCUGUCCCAAGGGCAGAUUUUGAGUGGUACAAAGAAGACCGCAGGCUCCUCAAUGGACUAAACGGGGUAAAGAUAGAGAAUCAAGGGAAACAGUCUAUGCUUAUCUUUUUCAAUGUCUCAGAAGAAGACUAUGGGAACUACACUUGUGUUGCUAUGAACACCAUGGGAAUCACUAAUGCCAGUAUAAUACUCUAUGGUCCUGGUGCAAUGCAUGAUGUGAACGGGGUUACUGCGCUAUCACAUUGCUUUGUAUGCCUCCUGCUUACUGUAACCUCAGUCUACCUUCUCAAGUUCUAAUGUGAAAUGCUACCACCUUGGAGCUUCUCUCAGAAUUGAAAACCAAGAACAGACUUUUAGUCCAGUAAGAAGAAUGGAAACCCAAGAUUGCCAGUGGUCCACCCUAUUUUUUUUUUCUUUUUCUCUGUUAAUUUUCUUUCCUUUUUCUGGCUUUGCAUCAGAGUCUGUUCUCUGUUGGCUUGUCAAGAGUGAGAAGCAUCAACCUGCAGAAGCAAAGAUUUUAAAUAAUGCACUAAUUUGAUGAUGGUAGAACUUCUGAGUUUGUGUCUCCCCCAACCUUUUUAUAUGUGAACAUGGAAAAAGAAAAAAAAAUACAUGUAACUGUUGAUAGUUGACUGUUUAUUGCCCAAUUCUGAAGUGUACAUUCAGAUUAUGAUUAUUAUUAUCGUGUCAUGUCCUGUUCAAUAUCUGUACAAUAACAUUAAGCUUUUUUAGGUAAAUGAUAAAAAGGGAAAAAUGCAAUGUGAUUGUUGAAUUUUACUGUAUUUUUACAGUUGUAUGCAAAACAGAAUAACUGAUCCUUCAUUAUAAACAGUUCAGAACAAUAAAUUAUACACCAUGAUUUCUCAGGCAAAGUCCUACACAUAGUGCAUCCAAAUUUAUAUUUUCAUUGUAGUGUGUGUAAAAAUUGUACAAAUGUGUACAGACAAUACCUGCACUGUUGUUUUUCAAAAUGCAUAUGCUUAUCCAAUGGCAUUUUUGAACUACCCAAUAAGAGUGCCAUAGCAGCUUCAUGACAUAUUCAUACUGACACACUGAAAGCUGAUUUUCAGACUCACUUUAGUCAAGUAUGAUUUAGGAGUGAGAAAUUGGUUGUUGUGCUGCUUUGUUCUCUGCAGACAGAAACAGAAAAACCCAGAGUUCAGUGUGCUGAUGGCAUCAUUAGAGUGUCCAACCUGAUUCACAAAGUGCUGUGGCUAAUUUGGAAAGCUGCACUCGUUACAUGAUAUUAACCCACGUUCCACACUGGUUUUAUGAUCAUUAUUAUUUAAUUUACUAAAGUUAUGGUUAAAAGCUUCAGAUUAUAUGAAAUCAUUUAAUAGUAAGAUAUUUAAAAAAUGCAGGUAGCCAUUGUACCAUUUUAGUCCCCCUUAUUUUCUUUAGUCGCAAGAAUCAAAUAAAAAUGUCACUGAGACCUUUUGUUUUCUCACUACACCAACAAGAGGUUCAAUCUGGCUUUCGAUUCAAAAUAAUACUCUACAAAAAAUAUGUAUUUAAGAGCCAUUUUAAAUAAUUAAACCGCCUUUUAAAUGCUUCUGCAGUGUUUGUCACUUUUAGCUAUGCAUAAUAUAAUCACGUUCAGAAAAACAAGAUAGUGAGUGUGAGAAAACAUUGGCAGUGUUAGCACUAGCAGCAUUCAUUGUAGUGCUGCUAGUGCUAGCAAAUAUUGUAUUACAUGUCUUUACUGACAGGGUAUUAACUUUUUAUAUCAGACCUGGCUGGCUCUUGCACGGCUCUUGGGCUGCUUAUUCAGUCCAUUGGUUGUCUCUGACCUGCCCACAUGAGGCUAAUGCAAAAUUAGCAUUCAAACAUAAAGAAGGAUACAUCAUGCUUUUGUGAAUUUUGUGGGAAAUCACAAAGCUGGACUCUACUGCACUAUCCAGCUUGGUAAAAAUUGUUUUUGCUUUUGCAGCUUUGUUAGAAAGGUUUGCAGUGUCCAUCUCUGCUCUGCAUCGGUACAGCUUUGCUGUAAAUCCACUCUACAUAGAAUGUAGCGUUUUAACAAAACAUGGACAGAAAGUAUUUAUUUGAAUUCAGGAAUACAACAACCUGACUGAUGCAACACAGGAAUGGACACUGCUGUGAAAGCAACAAGUUUCAGAGGGAUGGAGCAGUGAAGGCCAGGUUUGUCAUCUUCCACAAAAUCACAAAAUACAGAAAAUCAUUCUCUGAUGGGGAGUUUAUCAUAGUGUUUGGUGAUAUGCCUUGAGAAAAAUGAAGCAUUUGAGAAUGUGCCCCUCUCCAAGUGAAUCCCAAAAGAUAGAUUAACCACAUUAUAAGAAAAUCAGGAUCUUCAUUUGAAAAACAAAGCAGAUAUUGGCCAAGACUCUGGCCAACAACUGUGAUGUCCACAAGACAACCAAGUUCUUCUUCUUUAUACACAGAAUAACAAAACUGUUUCAGAUUGCAGAGCAGCUGGCAGCAAUGCUGAUGCUGAAAACUGAUGGCCGUCCAAAUCUGACAGGAACCCAGAACUGAAACUGGUAUUUUUGCACUGUAUCAUUCACCAAGAGGUGUUGUGCGAGUCAAUGCUAAAAAAUUAACCAUGUUGUCGAUGUAACUAAAAUAAUUAACUUCAUCAGGGUGAAAAGCAAUGAAUCACAGACUUCAAGUCAGUAUCACUGCUGGUUUUUUAUUCUGCUCACAAAAACAAGAACUUUCCACACAUACAAAGAUAUUCUCACAUAAUGCUGGUUUUCUUUUGCAUGUGAACAAACAUUAUUUGUGAUAAAGUUUAACAAAACUAGACAUGGAUAAUCUGUCUGCUAUCCUUUGCAUUUCCAUCUCAUUUCAAAUCUGACACCAGUGCACCCGUUAAAGCUAAUAAUAAACUAAAUUUGUCUCAUAGAACAAGAAAAAAGACCUAAAUAACUGCAAAACAAACUACAAACAAAUUAGCAAUAGAACCUUGUUAAAAAUGCACAUUUUGUUCCAAAUUGCUUUUGAUAAUGUUGAAUAGUUUUACAUUUGGGUUCAGUUCAUUGGUGCACAGCCCACCACAGCAGUCAUAAAUUCUCAUGUGGCCGGUUGGGAAAAUUAAUUGUCCUCCCCUGUUCUAUAUCAAAGUUACAUACAUACAGUGUUAUUUAGAUAUUUACAUUACACUGUUUCGCAUAUUUAUUGUGAAAUAUUGAAAAGCUGGAUAAAAUUCUUUUUAAAAAUUGAAAGAACUUUUUUGUGCUUAUCAGCCCACUGAUCAUGCAACACAAAAAGUCAGCUUGAAUGAAUGGUCUGUGUAGCUGCUAUGAAGCUUUCUUCAGGUGUUGUGAAUGUGUGCUUUUAACCUGGUUUGCCCUGAGAUUAAUGGCAGAUGCUGAUCUCAAGACUGCAGGAGUAAUGAUUUGAUCUGUGGUUGGUGUUUAAAAAGAGUUUUCUGUCAAUUUCUGACAGAAAGUAUACUUAGAGCACAAGUGACUGCUAAUGUGACUUUUUUUAAUGAUCCAGUUCACUCCUGUGAUAACCUAUGAGUAACAAAUGUGUUGAUGACAAAGGGAAGAGAUUGUGUAUGUGGGAAUGCUCUUUUUUGUCACAUGUUCUGUGCUUGUGAUGAUGGUGAAACAGUCAGAUCUCACAUGAUGUGAUUUUCCCUUUUUAGGGGUUUGCAAAAAAAACCCAAAACAAAACAACAACAACAAAAAAAAAAAAAAAACCACGGACAAGUGAGAUACAGAUGCCUGCAAAAUUACAGUUUAGGGGUUGCUGUCACAAUUUCUAACCUAGUUAGAACAUGACCAUGAUAAAUAUUGAUGUCAGUAAGCUUGAACCAGUUUGUUUAAAAUCGUUAUUAAAAGAUAACUAAAACGGGAGUCUACUUAAGAUGUAUUUUUGCAUGACACAAUGAAAACAGUACAGAUUUGCUUUGUUUGUGCACCACAUUAUCAAUACACUUACAGAAACAGCCACUUAAAAUGGCCACCUGAUCAGUGACAGGACUUGGAUGGAUCUAUAGUGGAAUCCUGACCGAUUGCCGGCUGAUGGGUGGACAUAAUGAUAUCCCCCAUCUGUGACGUGGAUGGUGCAACCCUGAGCAGUAAUGCCCGUAAGCGGCAUCUAUGAAAAACAGUCGUAAUGUCUUGAGUAUCCACGAGGGGUAGCAGUGUGGAGGUGCAUUCAUUUACAGACUUGCUACACCAUAUAUUUAAACCUUUUCAGUUUGUUCAGGAAUUCAGCCUUUCUGUCAAAGAUUUAUAGAGACAUAUGUUUGCAGCAAAUAAAAUACAGGUUGUGCAUGCCGAACAAGCCAAACAGAAAGUGAUGCUUGCAUUCUAUGAUUAUUACUAACUUGUGUUUCUGCCAGAUAUAUGUGGCACUUUGUUCUAAAUAUUUCUGAUGAUGAACCACAACGCUCUGGGACCAUGCUUAAAACUAUUGGUAAUUCUUACCAUUUACAAAUAAACUAACAGUUAUAGCGGUAACGGUCACAGUCAUGCCUGCUUACUCAAGUUGUCUGCCGCUAAUCUUAGUAUAUCAUGUUUGCAAAUAAUUAAAUACUGUGGUUCAAAAAUUUUACUCUGGGGAAGGGACACUCUAAAUCCAACAUCUGGUACAUGUCCCGCAAAUCAGUGUCCAACCUGCAGUACUUAUUUAUUUAGUUAUAGGUGAAAACACUCCACAUGCUUACAGGUAGGAGAGAAUUAACAGUUUUUAGUGCUCAACCUGGUCUUAAUGUAUUCCAGGAAUCAUUAGCAGUUGUUCAGUAUUUACGGAACACUUUUAUUAAAAGUAUUCUAUAACAGUUUUCCCAAACGUAAUGACACAGUUACCUUACGACCCUAGCAGGGCCUGUCCUGAAAUUUCCCUGGUGUAGGUGUGGUCUCUCUGUCUCUCCUGCCUAGGUGCCAUCUGUUGGGUACAUUACCAUUUUUCCUCUUUCUCUCCUUUUUCAACCCGGACACUUUUUGUUACUUUCUAUCCCCUGGACCUCUUUAGGGGACCAUAACAAGUUAAAAUGAAAGAUUUUUGCUUUUUGUUUUAGUGCUUGUUGUUCAGCUGCCGUGCAUAUCGUCACCUUUUAAUGAUAAAUAAGAGCCUUCUACAGACAAUCAGCAACCUCCCAUCUCUAUCUGUCUGUAAAACUAUCUUAGUGAAUGCCAUUGAUGUGUUUUGUCCUUUAAUCAAAUUAAUCCCAAAAGAUUUUUUAGAUUUUAGAUAUUAACA